AUGUCGGUCAAUGGCUGUCACGGCGGAGGGGCGGCGGGCCGGGACACGUACCGCUCGCCGCUGGCCGCCCGCUACGCCAGCCCGGAGAUGUGCUUCCUCUUCAGCGACGCGCACAAGUUCCAGACCUGGAGACUGCUGUGGCUGCUGCUGGCGGAAGCGGAGCAGAAACUCGGUCUGCCGAUCACGGACGAGCAGCUGGAGGAGAUGAGACAGAACCUGAACAACAUCGACUAUGACAUGGCAGCCGAGGAGGAGAAGCGCCUGAGGCAUGACGUGAUGGCUCACGUACACACCUUUGGCCACUGCUGCCCCAAGGCAGCCGGCAUCAUUCACCUGGGGGCCACGUCUUGCUAUGUCGGAGAUAAUACAGACCUGAUUACCCUGAAGAAGGCCAUUGAUGUGCUCCUACCAAAGCUGGCCAGAGUGAUCUCCCGCCUGGCAGACUUUGCCACCAAGUACGCCAGCCUUCCUACCCUGGGCUUCACCCACUUCCAGCCUGCCCAGUUGACCACCGUGGGCAAGCGGUGUUGUCUGUGGAUCCAGGAUCUGUGCAUGGACCUGGAGCGCCUUACACGGGCCCGGGAUGACCUGCGUUUCCGUGGAGUGAAGGGCACCACGGGGACCCAGGCCAGCUUCUUACAGCUCUUUGAAGGAGACCACCAAAAGGUGGAAGAACUUGAUCGAAUGGUGACGGAGAAGGCCGGUUUUCGGAGAGCCUUCAUCAUCACAGGCCAGACAUAUACCCGGAAGGUGGACAUCGAGGUGCUCUCUGUGCUGGCCAGUCUGGGAGCGUCUGUGCACAAGAUCUGUACCGACAUUCGUCUCCUGGCCAACCUUAAGGAGCUUGAGGAGCCCUUUGAGAAACAGCAGAUUGGUUCCAGCGCGAUGCCGUACAAGCGGAACCCCAUGCGCUGCGAGCGCUGCUGCAGCCUGGCCCGCCACCUCAUGACGCUCGUCGCGGAUCCGCUGCAGACGGCCUCCGUGCAGUGGCUUGAGCGGACGCUGGACGACAGCGCCAACAGGCGCCUGUGUUUGGCCGAGGCCUUUCUCACAGCAGACACCAUCCUGAACACUCUGCAGAAUGUUUCUGAGGGGCUGGUGGUAUACCCCAAGGUCAUUGAGCGUCGCAUCCGUCAGGAGCUGCCUUUCAUGGCUACAGAGAACAUCAUUAUGGCGAUGGUGAAGGCGGGAGGCAGCCGCCAGGAUUGCCAUGAGAGAAUCCGGGUGCUCUCGCAGGAAGCGGCCGCCGUGGUGAAGCAGGAGGGGGGCGACAACGACCUCAUCGCCCGCAUCCGGGCCGACCCCUACUUCAGUCCCAUCCAUGCCCAGCUGGAGCGCCUGCUGGACCCUUCCUCUUUCACCGGCCGUGCGGCCCAGCAGGUGGAAAGGUUCUUGAAGGAAGAAGUGCAGCAUCUCCUGAAGUCUUACCAAAGUCAGAUGGACGUGAAAGUGGAACUGAGCCUUUAGAGGUGAAAGAAGGUGCAAGAACGGGGGUGCACUUGGGGGCACAGUCCAGAAGGACGUGUGAAGGGGAUGAGGCACGGGACAUGGCUUAUUUAUACUGUGCCUUUGGGAAAGGGUUUUUUCCCAUUUCAGAUUUUAUCAUUGCAAAAAAAAAAAAAAAAAAAAAAAUGCAGAUUGGGGGUAUUUUUCUCCAUCCCCAUUCUGCUGUUUAAUAAAUUAAUGUUAUUGAUACUCA